GCUGCAUAAAUCUGUCAUUCGCUUACGUGGAAGGGGAGUCACUCUUGAUGGCACUCAAAGAUAUCGCCCUUUCAUCUGGAAGUGCCUGUACAUCAGCGUCGCUGGAACCGUCCUAUGUUUUGAGAGCAAUUGGGACCGACGAAGAUCUGGCACACUCCUCAAUCAGAUUUGGCAUCGGCAGAUUCACAACCGAGGAAGAAAUUGACUACACUGUCGGCAAGUGUGUCUCACAUGUGAAGAGGUUACGUGAUAUGAGCCCUCUGUGGGAGAUGGUGCAGGAAGGAGUUGAUAUCAAAUCCAUCAAGUGGACCCAGCAUUGA